AUUCAAAAGUUGGACUUUGACAUUAAACAGCUGUCGAACGAACGAAUUAAUUUAGACCAAUUUAAAAGGUCUACAGAAACUAGUUUUAAAUUAAAACUUAUCCUUGCUUUCACUUCAGGCCACAUAAACCAUCAAAAUGUCGGACAAAGUGAGCCCCCCAAAGUAUUUCCUGUGUGGUGGUUUUGGAGGAAUUUGCACUGUGCUCUCUGGACAUCCACUGGAUACGAUAAAAGUAAGAUUACAGACCAUGCCAGUGCCCAAACCCGGGGAGGCUCCACUUUACACCGGCACCUUCGACUGCUUCACCAAGACAAUCCGGAAGGAAGGUUUCUUCGGCCUCUACAAAGGUAUGUCGGCCCCUCUCACUGGAGUAGCACCUAUCUUCGCGAUAAGUUUCUUCGGGUUCGGCUUGGGAAAAAAAUUGAUUACAGGAAAUUCGGACCUACCGUUAUCAAAACUAGAGUUGUUUGCUGCUGGAGCAUUCUCUGGCAUAUUUACCACAUCUGUCAUGGCACCAGGUGAGAGGAUAAAAUGCCUACUACAGACCCAACAAGCACAUGGUGGCCCACAGAAAUACAAAGGCAUGGUUGACUGCGCCAAACAGUUGUACCUUGAAGGAGGCAUCAGGAGCAUCUACAAAGGCAGUGUGUUAACAUUGUGCAGAGACGUGCCAGCUAGUGGAAUGUACUUUAUGACAUAUGAACUAGUUAAAGAGAAUUUUGUGCCACAAGAUGCUAGUAAUCAAUUCAAAUUGAUGAUGACUAUCUUCGCCGGUGGAUGCGCUGGAAUAGCCAACUGGGUGGUGGGCAUGCCAGCUGAUGUUUUGAAGAGCAGGUUGCAGUCGGCUCCUGAAGGUACAUACCCUGGUGGAACUAGAGAAGUAUUCACACAGUUGAUGGCAAAAGAGGGUCCUCUAGCAUUAUACAAGGGUGUAGUGCCAGUUAUGCUCAGGGCUUUCCCUGCAAAUGCUGCUUGUUUCCUUGGAUUUGAAAUUGCACUUAAAUUCCUAAACUGGGCUGCACCUAACUUUUGAUAAUGAUAAGACUAUAUUUUUUAGGAAAUGGUAUAAUGCACAUGAAUUGUAUAGUAUUUCAGAUUAAGUGUUCAUAAGUGUUGUACAGCAGUUAAUAUUUCUAGUUAAUGGGUAAAUUUCAAUUUUAUUAUAUUUUUCAACCCUUAAUAUUUAUCUUUUCAAGAAUCACAUUUAAAGCACUAAACUUAUUGAUAUAUCAUACACAUGUACCAUGUACCUAUAUAUCUUAUGUAUUUUCCAAUAUAAUACAUUUAGGAGUAUACAGAAGGUCAUGUUGUGUCUAUGUGACAUUUCCAAGAUUGCAUUAUAUGAACCAACAUUUUAAAGAUACAUCCUCUUAAAAACUUCAACAAUUGAGUGAGACCUUACUCAAUUGUUACUCAUACGCAUCAUUUAACAACCUCAAUUUUUAUGGAUUAAAAAAUGAAAUUUAUCCUUACCUAUCUUGUUGAUCACAAUCUAGAUUUUAGUACCUAGUUACAUGACAAUAACUAAGUGAAUGCAAUUUGAUUGUAUGCUAAUACGUUAUUGUAAAUGUAUGUAGCUCCAGUGGUCUACAACUACAAUAGUACAUUACAACAAAAUGCAAGAAGUUGGUGGUUGUAACUCAAUUACAUUUUCAGUGGUAGACCACCCACAGUGGAAAAGCUUUCAUGGGUUAACAUAGAAAAUAAAAUGUGUGAUUGAAGAAGCAACUACGAAAGGUAAAGUAUGUAUUGUGUUGUAAUAAAAAAAAAGAUUUGCUAUUGUUUGGUGAUGAUUUAAAUUGUAUACUAUAGAUGGUUCACUGAUUUUUGUUAAUUAAAUAAAACAUUGGGUGGAAGGCAAGAGGGAAACCACUACCCUAUUUUGGCCUAAAAAGGAGAAUGGAGAAUGCUACGCGCACAAGAGCAUGGCUCUCAAAUUAGUGAUGAUGAAAUAAAACAUGUUAAUCAUUUAGCAAAAUAUGUUUUUAAAAAGACGGUUUACAAUUAUCUAGAUUCAGAUUUUCCGUUUUAUUUUUGUAUAUUUCAUCCUGUUGAUUUUUAAUUUUAAUAUUUUAAUCAUAUUUUUAUUAAAUAUUUACUUUGUGAUGUUAAGAAAAUGUUAAGAAAAUUUUGUUAUAAGAGGCAUAUUAUUAUAUCAUCAAAAUAAUUGCACAUGAAAUUCAUUACUGUAACAACUUGAACAAAAUAGGAAAAGCAAUUUGAAUAUUUGCAAUUUCAUAGUUAAGUGUGAGUCUUUUAAUGAGCAUAAAAAAUAUUUGAGUCUUACUAAGUUGGUUGCGAAAAUUAUUACUUGUCAUUUUGUAUGUCACAAUAUAAAUCUCCUAUUUUUUGAGUUGUUACAAUUAGAUUUCAAGUGUGAUAUCCCAUGCCCUAUUUGUAUGCAAUCAGUGCCUGAAGUGAAAAUAAAGAAUUUUAUUAAAAUUUUAUAAA